AUGGAAAAUCAAGUUCUUUAUCCUUUACAACCACACUUCGUUCAAUCUCAAAUCGAUAAUACCAAUAUUGAUUUAUAUGAUGUAAAUGCUGUUAACGUUGGUCAAACGAACAAUAAUAGAAUGUUGUGCCCUCCUGUCUAUGAUAAUCAUGUUAUCAUGAAUGAACAAUGCCUCUUUCCACAACAGUUUGAUCAAGUUGGGCAACCACUCGUUGAGAUGAUAUCAUAUCCUAACCUGAUACUUACGGAUAUACCCACUUUCGAAAUAGAUCAAAUAGAUCUCAAACCU